AUGUCGUGCUGCGACCCGCUCGGUCUGUGUGAGUACCAAACCAACAAGCUGGUCCGGAUCCGGAGCGUCCGGCUCGGUUCUCUCAAAUGGAGCUUGAACGGAGCCAUCCUGCUCUUUAUUUGUAUCAUGAUGUUGUGGAACAGAAAAUAUCAGGAGUUUGACCUAGUGGUGAGCUCAGUCACCACCAAGGUGAAGGGCGUAGCACAGGCCCACCUGCCUGGGGCUGAAGAUGUGGUCUGGGAUGUGGUGGAUUACAGUGGGCCCUUGCAGGACAAGAACUCCUUCUUUGUGGUGACCAACAUCAUCGUAACAAAAAAUCAAAAGCAAGGAAAAUGUCCAGAGAUUCCCUCUAAAGACAGACUGUGCCGAACUGAUAAGGACUGUGAGAAGGGAGUCUGGGACCAGCAGAGUCACGGAAUUCAAACCGGAUCGUGUGUAAAGUUUGACGUGACGACGAAAACCUGCGAAGUUUCUGCGUGGUGUCCGGUAGAAACAAGGACAUCUCCUCCAAGGCCUGCUUUGUUGGCAGCGGCUGAGAAUUUCACCGUCCUCAUCAAGAACAACAUCAGAUUUCCUGCCUUCAACUUCAUCCGACGGAACAUCCUCCCACAGAUGGACGACUCGUACCUGAGGAGCUGCAGCCGAGGCAGCGACUCGCUGUGUCCCAUUUUCAGGCUCGGAGACAUCGUUCAAGAGGCCGGGGAGAAGUUUUCAGACUUGGCAGUGGAGGGAGGUGUCAUCGGCAUCCAGAUCAAAUGGGACUGCAACCUGGACCGCUUCAUGCAGCGCUGCCUCCCCAGAUACUCCUUCAGGCGCCUGGAUGAGCGAGAGAGCAACAGGACGCUGUACCCCGGCCUCAACUUCAGGUUUGCAAAGUACAACACGGUGAACGGGGUGGAGGAGCGCACGCUGUACAAAGCCUUUGGGAUCAGAUUCGAUGUCAUAGUGUUUGGACAGGCGGGGAAGUUCAGCUUCAUUCAGCUCAUCAUCUACAUCGGCUCAACGCUGUCGUACUACGCUCUGACUACAGUGUUCCUCGACUGGCUGAUUGAAACCAGCUGUUAUGCUGCAGAAUCGGGACAGAACUACUCUGAGAGGAAAGUGGAGUCAGUCCAGGACAAUCAGCAGCGCGUCCUCUGCGUGUCCUACGUUGACGAGAAGAAGCUUCGUCUGGUGAAGAGAUCUCACAAAAAGAGUCUUCAAUACGUCAAACCCAUGUCCGUUCUGCCACGCAAGGAGGACGCAGGACACAUGAGAGCCGUCCUCUGCCUCCUACAGCUGCAUGUCAGUGUGGACUCCAACGCUCAGCCUCCCCUCGACUGCAAACCGGACCAGAACCCGACACGUCGUCGUCCAACGUGGUGUAAAUGCGACUGCUGCUCUCCCUCCUCCCUCCCGCAGGAGCAGCUGUGCUGCAGGUGGAGUGAUGGCGUCUGCAUCACCUCUUCUCCUCUUUUCCAGCAGCUGGUGUUGUGCCGCUCGCUGCUGGAGGCCGUCCUCCUGUACCAGGAGCCUUUGUCUCCUCCCGCUGGCGGGGCUCAGACCGCCUCCCUGCGCCACUGCGCCUACAGACUUUACAUCAGCUGGAGAUUUGGGGUCCCACCUACAGACGCACACCCGUUCAUCCCCAGCUGCAGCGUUUGGAGAAUCAGGAAGGAGUAUCCGAGCCUGGGCGGACAGUACCGAGGCUUCACACCCGCCACGGCGGCCCCCAGUACCACAGGUCUUUGA